AUGCUCCUCUUGGUUUUUUUAGCAUUAACAUGGCUCGCUUUGGUUGUAGCAGGUCCUUCAUCGUACGAGCCUAGGAUUAUACGGCAACUGCAACCCCGAAAACCUGAGCCUGAGCCGGCUUAUCCUCCUACUCUGGAAACUUUACGUUUAUCUCCAAUAGCUGGUGUUUUCCCGAGAACGUUUAUCGAUCCCACACGUACGGCUGAACAGAAAUCGAAACUUACAACCGCUUGGAACGAUGCAAAAUUACUGGUAGAAGCACAAACUAAUGUUAUUAACGGCUUUGACUACGACACACCGUAUCGAAAUUGGUUGGGCAAAGAUUGGAAUGCAAAGGGUGGUUCCAACCUAGAGUACCAGUCAAAAGUUAUCGCCGACAAACUUGACCGGCUUGCAGAGCUGUUCAGAGGAGAAGUUGAGAAUAACGAUGAAUUCAUCUGGUGGUGUAAAGACUGGGGCGGGAAUUACAAUCUCGAGGAUGAUGCCGGCGUCAUAAUGUUGCACGAUAUUUACCAUUACCAUGCAGUCUCCAAAGGAUCACUGACAGCAUUGGAUUAUAUUUUGACAGCCCGAGACUGCUUUGGAAGCAAGACGGAACACGCUUAUGUAAAUGCAGAAUCGUACACUUUGUGCACAUUGGCUAUCUAUCUCCAGCAGACUUUCCAGACUGCUGCUUCGCCUGGAGCUGAGCCGCUCUCACAUGAAGCGGAUUCAAAUCAAAACCCAGGUUUAAUCUCAGGUUUACCCCCGGAUACAUUCCCAGAUUCAACCCCAGGUUUACCCCAGGAUUUAACCCCAGAUUCAAUCCCAGGUUUACCCCCAGAUGCAAUCCCCGAUUCGAGUUCAGAUCCGGGCUUACAUCCGGGUUCAGAUUCGAAUUCACAUUCGGGUUCAGACUUGGGUCCAGACUUGGGUCCAGAUUUGGGUUCAGGGCGGGAAUGGGCUAGAUGA